CCUUGGAUCAGCUACGUGCAAUUGCAUAAUAAUACAGGCAGUUCCCCAUGGCUACUUCCACACCCUGCAGACUGGCCAUCUCAGUUAUACUAUUGUGCUGCUUCUCACUUCUCCCUCUUGCGCACGCGCGGCUCCUCCUUUCCGAUAAAAACACCCUCAAUGAUAGCAAGGCCUUCUCCAUCAAAGGUGGCGAUGGCGCAGGAGGUGGGCGGGGUUUUGGUGUGAGUAUUAGCCAUGGAGGUCACGACAUAUCAAUUGGUAUAGGCGGUGGCUUUGGAGGUGGAGCCGGCACUACACGUGGUGGUGGCGCAAGUGUGGGUGGUGGGGCAGGUGGAGGUGUUGGCAUAGAUGUGGGUCAUGGUGGGGUGGAUGUGGGGAUUGGUGGGGGAGGAGGUGCCGCGGUUAACGGUGGUGGCGUGCACGCAGGAGGAGGAGGAGGUGGCGGUGUUGGUGUCCAUAUAGGUCAUGGUGGAGUGAGUAUAAGCACAGGGGGUGGUGGUGGUGCUGGUGGAGGUGAAAGUGCGGGAAGUAGCGGAGGUGGAUUUGGUGGAGGAAAUGGAGUUGGCCGUGCUGGGAAUGCAGUGGGAGGCGGCGGGGGUUCUGGUAGCGUGAUUGGUAGUAGCGGAAGCGGAGGAGGUAGUGGGGUUGGAUCAACAAGUUCUGCAAUAGGAGGUGGCUCUGGAAGUGGUGGUGGACAAGGCUAAGAAUUUGCUCUGAUCAAUUAUAUGGUGUAUUUAAUUUUAAUCUAAAUAACCCUCUCCAGUGAACACUAUAUAGGUGAAAACAUGGUAUCGAAUCCAACAAAGUGUGAGUAUGUACUGUUAUAUACCAUGUUUGGCUUUUUGCACAUUUGAUGUGCCUAGUAAUUUGUCGGUUGUGAAGUACUAACCGACAUCUUAUAUUGUAAUAUAAUUGUAUGCUGAUCAAACUAGCAUACGAGUGAUGUAUACUAAUGUUUUAAUUAUAAUGUGGUUGGAAAA